CUCUCUCUCUCUCUCUCUCUCUGUUUUCAGUACUGACUUGAAAACACGAGAAGCUCGUUCCAUCGUUACCCUUUACGCUUCCGAUCGCAUCAAAACCCGUCGUUUUCCUUCCUUUCUCCGCUCUUUUUCCAGUAGAAUCGAGCGAUCUCCACCAGACGAAUCGAAGAAGAAGAGAAAGAUCGCAAGGAAGAGAUUUUUGGGAUUUUAGAGAGAGCCUCUGAGUAGAAGGGAAGAUGCCGCAGGAAAACGACAGUAAUAUGGGCUUUGUCUCACCUUGUAAGAGCUUGAGAGUUGGACUGAAAGCUUUGUGUCAUCAAGACGGACCGGUUGCAGAAGAAACGAUCAACGACGACGAGUUGGCAAUGAGGAAGGCUGAAGAAGCAGCUUCUAGAAGGUACCAAGCAGGAGAAUGGCUAAGGCAGAUGGACCAAGGCGCGUCCAACACGCUGUCUAAAGAACCUUCUGAAGAGGAGUUCUGCCUUGCCCUUCGCAACGGUCUCAUCUUAUGCAACGUCCUCAACAAAGUCAAUCCGGGCUCUGUUUUGAAGGUUGUAGAGAAUCCUAUUAUUGAUGUUCAAUCAACCGAUGGAGCAGCUCAAUCAGCAAUUCAAUACUUUGAGAACAUGAGAAAUUUUCUUGUGGCAGUCGGAGAGAUGAAGCUUUUGACAUUCGAGGCAUCUGAUUUAGAAAAGGGCGGUUCAUCAAACAAGGUUGUGGACUGCAUUCUUUGUUUGAAAGGAUACCAUGAGUGGAAACAAGCUGGUGGAAUUGGAACUUGGCGGUAUGGUGGAAUCGUGAAGAUCACCGCCUUACCAAAGAGUUCACCAUCCUCCUUGCUUGGUGGUGAAAGUGUCGAUGGGACAUCAGAAUGCUCUGACUCGUCAUACGACCAGCAGCUAUUAGAAGUUCUUAGUCUUUCAAGUGAGGCCUCUCUUGAAGAAUCCAAAGCAGCUACUGCUCUGAGUCUUCUCUUUGAUAGAUUCGGGCUUGGGCUUCUUCGAGCUUACCUUACUGAAUUGAAUGGGGUUGAGGACUUUCCUUUGAAUGCAAUGCUUGUCGACACUGUUCUCAGGAAGGCUGCUGAAUCACUGAAUGGGCUGCUUGUUUCUCAGAGAAAUCAGCUUGCAUUCCUUUUGAAAGAAAUGUUGAGAAGUGGCGGCAAUUCUCUGUCAAAAGCAGAAUUAAUGGAAGCUGUUUCAAGGUAUCUUGGUCAAAGGUCUUGUGAGAUGUCAGGUGGUUGCCCAAAAUGCUCAAAAUUUUGCAUUUGCUGUGUAACACAUGAAGAGAAUGGGUUUACUGAUUAUCAAAAUGCUGAUCAUGUGGAACGGCUUGAUCUUCAACAAAAACAACUUGAGGAGAUGAAAUCAGUCUUUCAUGAGACUAAAGGUCAGGUCCGGUGGAUUCAAUCAAAGUGGGAGGAGGAACACAAAAGGCUUGAACAUCAUAUCAACGGCCUGGAACAGGCUGCAUCUUCCUAUCAUAAAGUGCUCGAGGAAAAUCGCACGCUAUUCAACCAAGUACAAGACCUUAAAGGGUGUAUUAGGGUCUACUGUAGAGUGAGACCCUUCUUACCAGGGCAAGCGGAUGGCCAGACUACUGUAGAUUAUAUUGGAGAAAAUGGGAGUAUCAUGAUUGUAAAUCCUCUUAAGCAUGGCAAAGAUGCAAGGAGAGUAUUUUCUUUUAACAAAGUGUUCGGAACAAAUGUCACACAACAGCAAGUGUUUGCUGACACACAACCAUUGAUCAGGUCUGUUCUCGAUGGUUACAAUGUCUGCAUCUUUGCAUAUGGGCAAACAGGCUCUGGGAAGACAUACACAAUGAGUGGCCCUGACCUCACAACAGAGGAAACAUGGGGCGUGAACUACCGAGCACUGAAUGAUCUAUUCCAAAUAUCAAAAGAAAGGAGGGGCGUUAUAUCAUAUGAAGUCGGAGUCCAGAUGAUCGAAAUCUACAACGAACAAGUGAGGGACCUAUUGGUCUCUGAUGGAUCUAAUAGAAGGUUAGACAUAAGGAACAGUUCUCAACCAAAUGGCCUUAAUGUACCUGAUGCGAGUUUGGUUCCUGUUAAUUGUACUCAAGAUGUUCUGGAUUUGAUGAGAAUUGGUCAGAAAAAUCGUGCUGUUGGAGCUACUGCACUAAAUGAGCGUAGCAGCCGUUCUCACAGCGUAUUAACAGUUCAUGUCAAUGGAAAAGAACUAGUCUCUGGGUCCAUCCUUAGAGGCUGUCUUCAUCUGGUAGACCUAGCUGGAAGUGAGAGGGUGGAUAAAUCAGAGGCCGUUGGGGAAAGAUUGAAGGAAGCUCAGCAUAUCAACAGAUCACUUUCUGCACUGGGGGAUGUUAUCUCUGCCCUUGCGCAGAAGAGCUCACAUGUUCCUUACAGAAAUAGCAAGCUUACUCAAGUGUUACAGGAUUCUCUAGGGGGACAAGCUAAAACCCUCAUGUUUGUACAUAUAAAUCCGGAAGUUAAUGCAUUUGGAGAGACAGUUAGCACCCUUAAAUUUGCUGAGCGGGUGGCAUCAAUAGAGCUAGGGGCAGCUCGCUCUAAUAAGGAGACGGGUGAAAUUAGAGAGCUUAAAGAAGAGAUCUCAAACCUGAAAUUGUCAUUGGAGAAGAAGGAAGCUGAAAUAGAACAGCUAAAAGGUGGGGUUGUUGGUAGGAUCGGUCAUGAGGCACAAAAGAUGAGAGCAAUAUCACCUUUACAUGUACAAAGAUAUGGAAUUAGUGCCAGCUUGAAAUCCGAACUCAAUCAGCGACCUGUUGAUGAUACUAAAAACAUUGAGGUUCGAAGCUCUUCUUCUGGGAAGCAGAGGAGGUCCCGUUUCCCGUCAGCAUUUGCUGACAAGGAAGCAGAUCCAAAAUUGCCUUUCAUUGCUGAAGAGAGCUUAAUUAACUCUAGAAAGAUAAGAUCACCGUCCCCUCCUGUGAGAAGAUCGUUAUCCACUGAUCGAGGUGCCCUCAUCAGGAGCAGGCUCAAGCAUGACACUCCCGACGAGCAACCCACGAUAAAAUUACAUUUUCCUGCCAAAGUAGCCAUUAACAAAUCUGUCGCUGCAGUGCCACUGCCAUCAGCUAAUGAGAACUUGAGGGGAUAUUGGGGCCCACAAGAUCUUGCCAAGCAGGACAACAUAUCCGAUGCGUUCUACAACCUCCACCGGUCCCACCCAAGGAAAGUCUAUCCCGAACACGAGGAGGAACAAUUUAAGCUAGCACUCAAUGUCAGGCAAGGCUUCAUCAGAAAAAGCAAGGUGGAGAGUAAGUCCAAGCUCAAGCAGCAACCAGCAAGGAUCCAGAAGUCUGAUGCAGCGCUGACAUUGCAGGCUGAUGUGGACAUAGGAGGAAAGGUGGAAGAGCCCCGAAAGAGUGAUUUUUCAGAACCUGAAAAUGAGAAUAGGCCCACUGAGUCGCCGGCAUAUGUUAGUUUGAGGAUGAAAAAGCUUCAUCAGAACUUUGCGAGGAUUUCCCAGAAUCUCGAACCAAGAGGAUUAGUUCAAACCGUCGAUCCACUGUUGAUGGGGAAGCAUGAGAACAAGCUCCUGAACAGCGGAAUCCGCUACGGGAAGGAAGGCAGCACCACUUCCAUACCUGAUUUUCGAAGAAGCCGAUCUUCUCCACGUGGAAAAUUCACAAUCUUACCUUGAAAUUCCAGCUCUCUUAUACUAUCACAGGAGUAUAUGGCAAAAUUUCAACCCCAUUUCUUGAUAGAAUGUGUACAGGCUAUUUGACGGUCAAAACCAAUGGUCCAUUUGCUUACAAUCGAGAUCAGAAGAAAGCUUUAAAUUGUAUUGCAGGUGAUGAUCCAAACAGCUUUUAUUUGUGAUUCUUUUGUGAUAUUUUUGCCUUGUAUUUUGAUCAGAUUUCAUGGCAUUUAAGUAAAUUAUUUUUAAGCAUAUGAGGGCAUUAUUGUAUUUAAAGAUCAACCCAUAUUAUAUAAAUAUAAGUUUUGUUGUUUGAAAGCUCUC